UGCGCCCCUUCCCCGCCGCCGCUUCUCCUGGCUCCGCCGCUCUCACUUUCAGUUUCUCUCCCACUUCUGCUAGCGCGGGGGAGAAACGCUCCGGCCGUCGGGGGUCGCGUCUGCGCCAGUCGCUCCCAUGGCCGACAGCGGGCAGCUGGCGCCCUAUUCCAAGCCGUCUCUCCCAUUUACUGGCCCUAUUCAUGGCGGUCUUCAUGAUGGAUUGACGGUUAUCAUCAGUGGAACUGUUCAUCCUACAUGUGACAGCUUCAAGAUAGACUUUCAGUGUGGAUCCUGCCCAAGUCCUGAUAUUGCUUUUCAUUUUAACCCACGAUUUGAAGAGGGUGGAUGUGUGGUUUGCAAUACUUGUGAAAGUCAGAAUUGGGGAAGAGAGGAGAGGAAAUAUGAAAUGCCUUUUUUAAAAGGUUACCCCUUUGAGAUUCGGAUUUUGGUAAAACACGAUUCAUUCCAGGUUGCUGUAAAUGGAAAUCCCUUUGUGCAGUACAAGCACCGAAUUCCACUUUCCAAAGUGAACCACCUUAGUGUGUCUGGGGGUGUGGAUGUGGAAAUCAUCAGCUUCCAAGAUACUGCUACCCGAGGUGCUUGGAGCCCUAGAGCAGCUGGGAUCUCAAAUGCUCCUUUCCCACCUGGAUUAUAGGAGCCGCAAACUUACAUUAUGAACAAACAGGAAAAGGAAGGUGAAGACAACU